UGUACUAUUUUUCUAAUGCACAAGGAGAAGGGAGGCUAGGAGACAGGAGACAAGGGGAAAAUCCAGGGAAUGGAGAAUCUGAAGCACACCCUGAAGGGAUGAUGAUGGUGAUGGGCGUCAAGAAAGAUAACAGGUCAGGUGCAUGCAAAAAUCUCUGUCUUAAGGACUAAGACUAAAAGGUGGUAUUUCAUUUGCCUCCCCUCCCUUAGUUCUUGAAUCCUGACUCUGAGUGGUUAAGGAAGGCGGCUGUCUACUGCUGAGGAUGGGAUGCCAGGGAGUCUCUCUUGGGGAGCAAAAAUCCUUUGGUUGGGCUUAGCAACAAGAAGGCAAAAAACCCACAAAAAAAUUGCAGUAUCCCGAGAAGAGAACUGAAUAGUCUCCUGUGGCUAUCAGUGAGGUGGGCAUCCACUUAGACCAAGCCAGAGGCUGGACAGCUGGCAAUGCUGCAUUGUGCUAAGGACACGGAAAUCUCAGCGGGGGCUUCUGGCUGAGACCUCGAGCCCACAUGGGGUCUUCUUCAGGUGCUUAGGAGGGCCAAGCCUUUCCAGGACAUGUCCUGCAUGCGGAAUGAAGUCCAGAGCUUCUUUGAUGUGGACCCGGCCGCAGCUGGAUGAGCUCUGCGUGGCAGAGAGCGUGUUGCACUGUUUCUCUUGCUGAGAGGAGGAAGAUCAAGAGGGAGACCACACUGCAGAGGACCCUGCGCCAGCCAGGCUGCAUAGACCGACACAAGUGCCGAAUGCUGGACAGGCUUCCUUUACAUCCUCUCUACGUUUUCAUGAGCCACUUCCAAGCCCACGCGCAGACCCUUCUGGCAGGUGUUAGAGUCCCCCUGAACCUCAUCCCACCAGCAGACAUUCAGAAAAGUUUAGCUUAGAGGCCUAAAUAUGACAGUUGCCACUGGAGAUCCAACAGAUGAAGCAGCAGCUUUGCCUGGUCAUCCUCAGGACACCUACAACCCAGAAACUGACCAUGAAUGUUGCGAGAGGGUGGUCAUCAACAUCUCGGGACUGCGCUUUGAAACACAGCUCAAGACACUCGCUCAGUUUCCAGAGACCUUGUUAGGAGACCCUAAAAAGAGAAUGAGAUAUUUUGAUCCCCUUCGGAAUGAGUAUUUCUUUGACCGAAACAGACCCAGCUUUGAUGCUAUUUUGUACUACUACCAAUCUGGUGGCAGGUUGAGGAGGCCUGUUAAUGUCCCCUUAGACAUCUUCUCAGAAGAGAUAAGGUUUUAUGAACUUGGGGAGGAAGCUAUGGAGAUGUUUCGGGAGGAUGAAGGUUACAUCAAGGAAGAAGAGCGGCCUUUACCAGAGAAUGAGUUUCAGAGACAAGUGUGGCUGCUGUUUGAGUAUCCAGAAAGCUCUGGGCCAGCCAGGAUUAUAGCAAUUGUCUCUGUCAUGGUCAUUUUGAUCUCAAUUGUUAGCUUCUGCCUGGAAACUUUGCCUGUGUUCCGGGAUGAGAAUGAUGAGAUGCAUGGCAGCAGUAGCAACCCAAGCUCUUACUCCAAUAGCACUAUGGGGUCUCAGCAGCAAACAUCUUUCACAGACCCUUUCUUUAUAGUGGAGACGCUCUGCAUCAUUUGGUUCUCCUUUGAGUUCUUGGUGAGAUUCUUCGCCUGCCCCAGCAAAGCUGGCUUUUUUACCAACAUCAUGAACAUCAUUGACAUUGUAGCCAUCAUCCCCUACUUCAUCACACUUGGAACGGAACUGGCUGAGAAACCAGAAGAUGGCCAACAAGGUCAGCAGGCAAUGUCUCUUGCCAUCCUCCGAGUGAUCCGCCUGGUGAGGGUCUUCAGGAUCUUCAAGCUCUCCAGGCACUCCAAGGGAUUGCAGAUCCUCGGACAGACCCUGAAGGCCAGCAUGAGGGAGCUGGGCCUCUUGAUAUUUUUCCUCUUCAUUGGUGUCAUUCUCUUCUCCAGUGCUGUCUACUUUGCAGAGGCCGACGAGAGCGAUUCUCAGUUUCCCAGCAUCCCUGAUGCUUUUUGGUGGGCCGUGGUUUCCAUGACAACAGUUGGCUAUGGAGAUAUGGUCCCCACGACCAUAGGUGGGAAAAUAGUUGGUUCCUUGUGUGCCAUUGCAGGUGUAUUAACAAUUGCCUUACCAGUGCCGGUUAUAGUGUCCAAUUUCAACUACUUCUAUCACCGUGAGACAGAGGGAGAGGAGCAAGCUCAAUACUUGCAAGUCACCAGCUGCCCAAAGAUCCCUUCUUCCCCUGACCUAAAGAAAAGCAGAAGUGCCUCCACUAUUAGUAAGUCUGAUUAUAUGGAGAUACAAGAAGGUGUGAAUAAUAGCAAUGAGGACUUUAGAGAGGAGAACUUGAAAACAGCCAACUGCACCCUAGCUAACACAAACUAUGUUAAUAUAACCAAAAUGCUAACUGAUGUCUAGCUAAUAAUAAUAAUAAUAAUAAUAAUAAAACAACCCUAAUAACUUACUUAAAACUUGAGUCGAACAAUUGCAGAUGUUGCAUAAUACCUUGCAUUGUAGUUAAUACAAAAUGUUCUACAACGUGUAUUGGUUCUGCAUGGGAAGCAAUAGUUGUGUAAGUGACUCUUUUUAAACAUUUGAUGCUCAAUAAGCUUUCAUGCAACCCCUCCUCCCCAUCACAGACUUCUGGUUUUCCAAUUGUAUGGCACAAUUAAAGCAGAAUUAUGUCACAAUAUCCAACGAAAGGCAUUGGAGAAAAACAAAACAAACCACCUCCCCAUGUAAACAACAGUAACAAACAAAUGCCAACUAGCAUAAAUAUAAUUUAAUAUAGAACUCAGCCCAUGCAAAAAUAUAUCCCAAGGAAAUAGUAUGCAACUAUACAUCUAGCUUUCAAGCUUCAGGAAUUAUACAAAAGGUCAUGCAUAGUUUAAUGAAUGGAACAUCCAUCCAAAUUACUUUAAGGUUCAGAUUUCCAGAUCAGAAAUGCCAAAGGGAGAAUAUACCAUGCAGGGUCAUGCUUCUGAACCAAAAAUGCUGCAUUGGAUUCAUCCACUGCAGCAGCCAGUGUGAGGCUCGCGGGAGGCACUGUUUAGUAGGACAUUUUCUGUUGCUUUGGUAGAGAUACAUCAAGAGCCUGGAGACAUUUCUUUUUUUAAAGAACACAUGUAUUAUUAUUUUUUGCUGGUUUGGGGGUCACCGACAUAUUCAGGACUGAAAAGCAUCUUGUUUCAAAUGCUGGAGCAACUAAGCUGUGGCCUAGAAUAUAUUUAUACUGCAGUGAAAUUUAACCCAGUAUUACAGUAAAGCUGCAUGGAUAUUUGUUGCAUGGAUCUUAAUAUUUAAUACACAAAAAUAUAUCUAUUUUCUUAAGUAGACUAUAGAGUAUACCUGUUUAUAGUGUUUCUAGAUUCUCCAGUGGCUUGAAGGAGAUUUGUGGACAUAAAAGGGGGAGAAAGGGAAUGUGUUGGGGAUGGAUGUGGGCCGGCCACAAAUUUGAUAACCAAGGCAAAUGCCCUGGGUGUUUGCUUGCAUGAGGGUGCAACCCAGGAAAGGUGAUAUGAAGAGUACACACCUGUCUUCCACAUGUAGGGAGGAACUGGUAAUUUAUUCAUAGUGGUAUCAUAUGCAGAGAUGUACAUCUGACCAGAGAUGGCCAGGCUUAUUUGUGACUAAAACAUUGCUGGGUGACACUGUUAGGCAAAUGUAAGCUCAGACCCACAACAAAUAUUGCUCACAGUGCUUGGAGGCGUAGAUAGUUUGAGAUCCACAGCUAAGAUGCAACAGUAUAGAGUGCCAAUGACUUUGUCUGAACUUUGUUGACUUGCGUUGUCUGGUGGUGAUGGGGCUUAUACAAUAACGCCAGCCCAAGGUCAUUUGUUCAGGUGUGGGCAAAGUUGCCCCAUGGAAAUGAGUCUUGACGGAGUUGCCCCAGCUGAGGAGAUGGCUGUGGAUGGAUACAUGCAAUGAAUGGCUUGGAAGUUAAGGCUUCCUUUGGGAUGUUGCUGUCAUGUGGUGGUGUCAAUAUUCCUCAGCUUUAGAGUAAAUACAAUCCAAGUCUACUCCCAGUGGGCUAAUCUGUUGGGGAAAUGCCCAUGGGCAAUAUGGUAGCAGAAUUUGGCCAACCUCACACAUCAGAAUCAGAUCCAUUCUUUUGAGUCAAGGAGGCAAUAAGACUCCUGGUUGGACUGCUCUUCAUAGGCUGGCAUUUUAGCUUGGCAGUGUCCCGUUGAUGCGGCUGCUUCAGCUCUCAAGGGAAAGGAUAGCCCUUCAGUAAAGGCUCAUUCUGCUAUCCUAGGAAAGUGGCUUUUGGAACCAGUGUUUAAAAGAGUGAGGCCAAUAUCCCCUUCUUCUCAUCAGUAAUAAAAAAGAUGAUGACCCUUCUAAGCCAACAGGAUUUGGUUCUGAGGCCACCAUGGGUGUCCUAUUUCCUGAGCUGCUAAACACGGUAUGAUUAUUUGAAAUAGCACACUCAGAUACACACACAGUGUGUGUGCUUAUAUCAUAUUUAGAAGCUUAGGAUUUGGAGACUAUGUGAGAAGUCCCCUAUAUAUAUAUACCCACCCAUGCCAUAGGGAGCAAAUGGAGCAAAACUGAAAUCCCCAACCAGAUCACUCAUGUGGAUCCUGCAAGUAUUACUCAGGCAGCUUGCUUAUGGGUCCUGAUCUUGCAUUGAUAUGGAUGGUGGAUGCCUUGUGAGGACCAAAAAUUCACCAGACCAAAAGAACGUGUUGAGCAUGUGAUCUGCUUGGAUCUGUACAGAAUUUGGCAACAAGGUAAAGCAGAUCCACUGUUGCUUAUUUACUUAUUGCACCCCACUCAACUCACUUUCAACAGCUUAGCAUUGAAAAUGAUAUAGGUUGAAUGGGAUACAUGCUGAAGCAAUCACCUAAUUUAUUGAUUGUGUGCCAAACUCUAUACAAUCCACUUAACCUGCAUUCUUAACGAACCACCUGGGUUGUGUGUAUUGGCCCUAACCCAUAUGCUUGUGCCAAGAGGGGCAAUAUAUCUCAACAACACCUGCCCUCCCUUUAAACAGAGUAUAAGCGACAUGCAGGCCUUGUUAUGAUUCUACACCUGUUGCAGGACAGCUGACUCUCACUUUUUGAAUAUGAACACCCCCCCCAAACAUUAGAUUCACAUGAUAAAAUGUGGGUCAAUUUCUUGAUCUUCCCCCAACCCUGCACUGCCCCUGCCAAAGAAAGGCAAUUUCUCUAACCUUCUUGGCAGUCACUGCUGAAAAGAUGUAUAAAAAAGAAAGCUGUCAGGGUUUUCUAAUGGCUUAUGAUUUGAGGGGCUUACUAAUUAUUUCACACAUCAGCAGUGCUGGAGUUUGCAUUGCAGGAUUAGGGCCACCUAUGUCACAGUGCCUUGGACCAUUCUUGUAGAAUGCUGACAAAGGAAGAGCUUGGCAUCACAUCUCUAAUUGCUUGCUCUCCAACUAUGCUAUGAAUUUAAAAGGCUAAUUUUGGAAUAUCUUCCAUUGCAGUGAGCAGGGAUGGAAUAAUCCUUCCUAUUGCCUUAAGCCACUGCUAAAAAUAUUCUGUCCUCUCCACAACUCUGUCUGUAAAGGAAUCAUAAAUAUUCUUGGUUAAAGAUCCAUGCAGGAUACUCCUGUACAUUAGGGGGAAAUCAUUGCAGUCUAUGCAAAAAAAUUCAUGAGGAAGGGGGUUACUUCAGGGACUUCCAUGGGGUACCGUCCUCAUGUAAUUAUGGGGUAGGAUCCAUGGGGCAUCAGAGAGUAAGGGAGGCAAAGCUAAGCCUACUGAUUUCAAUAGCAGUUGAGGUUAUUCGUGCUAGGAGUAUGUUCAAGAUAGAAUUGCGAGGAUGAAGCCUAGUACUUCUGAGGAGGGAACUCACUGCUGCUAUUUCCCAGCAUCUUAGGUUGGAUCCCGACCAGUACUAUUUCAGUGAAUUUUCAAUUGCUGCUCUUGUACUUGGGUUUGCACAUUAUCUAACUCCACACUUGUUUUCAUGCAUUUCCCAUUCUGCCUCUCGGAAUUGCAGACUUUGACUUUUUAAUGCCCUCACCCUAAUAUAAAGUUGAUUGUAUUUGCAGUCCCAACUGUGUGCUCACCUAUUGACCACCCCCUGCCCCAAAAGGUGCAGCGUAUCAAAAAGGAGUGGUUCCUGUAUGGGAAGUAACCUUGAAGGGGCAUCCUAAAUUGCCUGGUCUCUGCAUCAAAAGAAAUUGGCACCAGAAGUGAAACUCAAUGCAUAUGUUAAGAUACAGGUAGAGGAGCAAUCUGAGACUUCAUCUGAGGCCAGUUGCAUAAAAGCUUACACCUCUUAUGAAGUGCAGUACUUAAAAAAAAAAAAGGUUGUUUAUGAGAAAGAGGUGGGAGGGGAAACCCAGGAAUGAAACUCUAAACAGGACUAAAAGGUCAUGAAACAUUAUCUUGAAAUGUACCUCCUUAUUGCACAAAAGUCCAUAGCAGAGCAUGUUUGAAAUGUUGGACACAUCUUUAUAGCUCAUCAUCUUGCUGCCUGAUCCAUCCCAUCUGCAGUGGCAAUAACCUGAAGCUUUAGAUCCUGGACUAUGACCCUGGGUAUUUUUUCUGGUGGCUCAUUUAAGAGUGCCAAUCUAGGAACUUUACAAAAGUCACUAUGGUUGGUCAAGCUUCUAGGGGGAAUAGCUGCACACUGGGAGUCUAUCUAUCUAUCAUCUAUCUAUCUAAUCUAUCUAUCUAUCUAUCUAUCUAUCUAUCUAUCUAUCAUCUAUCUAUCUAUCUAUCUAUCUAUCUAUCUAUCUAUCUAUCUAUCAUCUAUGGCACUGGAUCUGGACCCAGACAGUUAGUGUGAGUCCUUUGCUGUAGCUUUUCAAACCCAUUAUCAGGAGACCCCCAAGGCUGAUGUAAAUCAAAACAACCUACCUUCUGGGCCUUAACUGUGACUGACCUCUAUCAAUGAA